ACUUAAUAAUUAAUGUCGUAAUCUUUAUAGUGAUAAUGUGCAUAAAUGCCGUUACAAUAUCUAUUAUUAUCGUAUAAAUAUAUACGUCGAGCAUAUUGAAAUUUUGUGUUAACAUUUUUAUAACCUAACUUUUGCUUAGCGGUUUGCUUUGCUUUAAUAAAAGAUCAUGGAUUUUUUAGAAUACUCAGAUAUUUCUUCGGAAGUAAAAGGAUGCAUGGUUCCUGGUAAAUUAAAGAUGACAGAUCAAGCAAUAAUCUUCAAAAACAGCAAAACAGGCAAAGUAGAACAAAUAAACUCUUCUGAUCUAGAAGUAGUUAAUUUCCAAAAGUUUGUCGGAAAUUGGGGCCUUAGAAUAUUUCUCAAAAAUGGUAUAUUGCGUCGCUUUGGUGGUUUCAAAGAAGGUGACACCGAAAAAGUAGCUAAGUUCUUCAAAACCAACUACAAACUAGAUAUGUUAGAAAAGGAGUUGUCACUUAAAGGCUGGAAUUGGGGCACUGCUAAGUUCCAAGGAUCUGUCUUGAGUUUUAACGUAGGACAUAACACUGCUUUUGAAAUACCUUUGAAUCAUGUAUCACAGUGUAAUACGGGGAAGAAUGAGAUUACUAUUGAGUUCCAUCAGAACGAUGAGGCUCCAGUUUCUUUAAUGGAAAUGAGGUUUCACAUACCGUCUUCAGAAAAUGUUGAUGUGGACCCUGUAGAUGCUUUCCAUGGUAAUGUUAUGAAGAACGCAAGUGUUAUUUCUGUCACUGGUGAUGCUAUUGCUAUAUUUAGAGAGAUUCAAUGUCUUACACCAAGGGGUCGUUAUGACAUCAAACUGUUCCAAAGUUUCUUCCAAUUGCACGGUAAAACUUUUGAUUACAAAAUCCCGAUGUCAACAGUUCUUAGGUUAUUCUUGUUACCGCAUCGAGAUCAAAGACAAAUGUUCUUUGUGGUGUCAUUAGAUCCUCCAAUUAAACAAGGUCAAACUAGGUAUCAUUAUUUAGUUUCGCUUUUUGGAACUGAAGAGGAGACAAGUAUAGAAUUACCUUUCACAGAUGAAGAAUUGCAGGAGAAAUACAAUGGUAAAUUGUCCAAAGAACUGUCCGGACCUACAUAUGAUAUCAUUGCUAAAGUUAUGAAAAAUUUGAUUAAUAGGAAAGUUACUAUACCUGCUGAUGGCUUUAAGGGGGCUUCUGAGACUCCUGCAGUUAAUUGUUCCUUCAAAGCAGCAGCCGGUUACUUAUAUCCCUUAGAAAAAGGUUUUAUAUACGUCCACAAGCCACCGCUGCACAUCAGGUUUGAAGAAAUCCAGGCUGUGAAUUUUGCAAGAGGCGGUGGAUCAACGAGGUCUUUUGAUUUUGAAAUUGAAUUGAAAUCUGGGACUGUGCAUACGUUUUCGAGCAUUGAGAAGGAGGAGUAUAGUAAAUUGUUUGAUUUCAUCACUUCGAAGAAGUUGCACAUUAAGAAUACUGGAAAGAAUGACAAAGCAUUGUACAAAGAUGACUUUGGUGAUUCAGACAACGAAAACGAACCUGAUGCUUAUCUUGCAAGAGUUAAAGCAGAAGCUGAAGAACGGGAUGAUGAUGAUCAAGGAUCUGAAGAAGAAUCAACAGACGAAGAUUUCAAUCCGGGCGAAGAGAAUUCAGAUGUUGCAGAAGAAUACGAUAGUAAUCACACAGAUUCCGAGUCGGACGAAGGCUCUGGUGAGGAAAAAGGUGAUAAAGAUAAAAGCAGCAAAAGUGAAUCGCCUGAGAAAAAGAAACACAAACAUAAAUCGUCGUCUUCAUCGAAAUCUAGCAAAACCGUGUCUGAGAAACCACGGAAAUCAAAGAAGAACAAAAAGGAGAGAGACGAGAACAAACCAAAGAGGCCUAUGACUGCUUUCAUGUUGUGGAUGAACGAGAACAGAGACACCAUUCGAGAGAAGAAUCCUGGUUUGAAAAUUACAGAAAUCGCUAAGAAGGGCGGAGAGAUGUGGAGGGAACUUAAGGAUAAAUCUGUUUGGGAGGAUAAAGCAGCAAAAAUGAAAACCGACUACAACAAAGCCAUGUCAGACUACAAAGCAUCAGGAGGAGGCUCAGGUGACAAAAAAUCACCCAAAAAGAAAUCCAGCAGUUCCAGCAGCAGUAAGAAAACAUCCUCACCUACAAAAUCAUCAGGAGACUACAAGAGUAAAGAAUACAUCAGCGAUGACUCUUCGUCUAGUGAAGAUGAUGCUAAAGAUAAAGAUAAAAUAAAGAAAGAAGAGAAAUCAUCGAAAGAUGAUACAAAAUCUAAAGAUGAUAAGAAGCCGAAAAGUGAGGAGAAACCUAAAAGUAAAGCCGAGUCUGAUGGUGAUGAAGACGAAGAGAUGGAAGAGGAGGAGGAGGAGGCUAUGGAGACGUCUGGAUCUGAGGAAAAUGAUAGCGAUUAGAUAUUUAAGAC